UUCGCCGCAAGCCCCGUUCCGUCCUCAGUCUUCACGUGGAUUCUGCAACCUCCUUCCAGCAGCUUGUCACCACGGACGCUUCCUCGUGCGCUGCUCGCGUGGCACCGGCCCCGCUUUCCAGCGUGCUCCGCGCGGGCCGCGGCCGCAAAUCGCAGACCCAACACGCCACCCGCCAGGGGGCCGUUCGUACGUACCCGCCCCUCGUGUAAAGCCGCCGCCGUCGUCGCCGUCCCCCGCUCGCGGCCAUUUCCCCGGCCUGACCCCGUGCGUUUACCCCACAGAGCACACUCCAGUCCAGUCCAGCCCACUGCCGCCGCGCUACUCCCCACUCCCGCUGCCACCACCUCCGCCUGCGCCGCGCUCUGGGCGGAGGACCAACCCGCGCAUCGUACCAUCGCCCGCCCCGAUCCCGGCCGCCGCCAUGUCGUCGGCGGUCGCGUCCGCCGCGUCCUUCCUCGCGCUCGCCUCCGCCUCCCCCGGGAGAUCACGCAGGCGGGCGAGGGUGAGCGCGCCGCCACCCCACGCCGGGGCCGGCAGGCUGCACUGGCCGCCGUGGCCGCCGCAGCGCACGGCUCGCGACGGAGGUGUGGCCGCGCGCGCCGCCGGGAAGAAGGACGCGAGGGUCGACGACGACGCCGCGUCCGCGAGGCAGCCCCGCGCACGCCGCGGUGGCGCCGCCACCAAGGUCGCGGAGCGGAGGGAUCCCGUCAAGACGCUCGAUCGCGACGCCGCGGAAGGUGGCGCGCCGGCACCGCCGGCACCGAGGCAGGACGCCGCCCGUCCACCGAGUAUGAACGGCACGCCGGUGAACGGUGAGAACAAAUCUACCGGCGGCGGCGGCGCGACCAAAGACAGCGGGCUGCCCGCACCCGCACGCGCGCCCCAUCCGUCGACCCAGAACAGAGUACCAGUGAACGGUGAAAACAAAGCUAACGUCGCCUCGCCGCCGACGAGCAUAGCCGAGGUCGUGGCUCCGGAUUCCGCAGCUACCAUUUCCAUCAGUGACAAGGCGCCGGAGUCCGUUGUCCCAGCCGAGAAGCCGCCGCCGUCGUCCGGCUCAAAUUUCGUGGUCUCGGCUUCUGCUCCCAGGCUGGACAUUGACAGCGAUGUUGAACCUGAACUGAAGAAGGGUGCGGUCAUCGUCGAAGAAGCUCCAAACCCAAAGGCUCUUUCGCCGCCUGCAGCCCCCGCUGUACAAGAAGACCUUUGGGACUUCAAGAAAUACAUUGGCUUCGAGGAGCCCGUGGAGGCCAAGGAUGAUGGCUGGGCUGUUGCAGAUGAUGCGGGCUCCUUUGAACAUCACCAGAACCAUGAUUCCGGACCUUUGGCAGGGGAGAACGUCAUGAACGUGGUCGUCGUGGCUGCUGAAUGUUCUCCCUGGUGCAAAACAGGUGGUCUUGGAGAUGUUGCGGGUGCUCUGCCCAAGGCUUUGGCAAAGAGAGGACAUCGUGUUAUGGUUGUGGUACCAAGGUAUGGGGACUAUGAGGAAGCCUACGAUGUCGGAGUCCGAAAAUACUACAAGGCUGCUGGACAGGAUAUGGAAGUGAAUUAUUUCCAUGCUUAUAUCGAUGGAGUUGAUUUUGUGUUCAUUGACGCUCCUAUCUUCCGACACCGUCAGGAAGACAUUUAUGGGGGCAGCAGACAGGAAAUUAUGAAGCGCAUGAUUUUGUUCUGCAAGGCCGCUGUCGAGGUUCCUUGGCACGUUCCAUGCGGCGGUGUCCCUUAUGGGGAUGGAAAUCUGGUGUUUAUUGCAAAUGAUUGGCACACGGCACUCCUGCCUGUCUAUCUGAAAGCAUAUUACAGGGACCAUGGUUUGAUGCAGUACACUCGGUCCAUUAUGGUGAUACAUAACAUCGCGCACCAGGGCCGUGGCCCAGUAGAUGAAUUCCCGUUCACCGAGUUGCCUGAGCACUACCUGGAACACUUCAGACUGUACGACCCCGUGGGUGGUGAGCACGCCAACUACUUCGCCGCCGGCCUGAAGAUGGCGGACCAGGUUGUCGUGGUGAGCCCCGGGUACCUGUGGGAGCUCAAGACGGUGGAGGGCGGCUGGGGGCUUCACGACAUCAUACGGCAGAACGACUGGAAGACCCGCGGCAUCGUCAACGGCAUCGACAACAUGGAGUGGAACCCCGAGGUGGACGUCCACCUCCAGUCGGACGGCUACACCAACUUCUCCCUGAGCACGCUGGACUCCGGCAAGCGGCAGUGCAAGGAGGCCCUGCAGCGCGAGCUGGGCCUGCAGGUCCGCGCCGACGUGCCGCUGCUCGGCUUCAUCGGCCGCCUGGACGGGCAGAAGGGCGUGGAGAUCAUCGCGGACGCCAUGCCCUGGAUCGUGAGCCAGGACGUGCAGCUGGUCAUGCUGGGCACCGGCCGCCACGACCUGGAGAGCAUGCUGCGGCACUUCGAGCGGGAGCACCACGACAAGGUGCGCGGGUGGGUGGGGUUCUCCGUGCGCCUGGCGCACCGGAUCACGGCGGGCGCCGACGCGCUCCUCAUGCCCUCCCGGUUCGAGCCGUGCGGGCUGAACCAGCUCUACGCCAUGGCCUACGGCACCGUCCCCGUCGUGCACGCCGUCGGCGGGCUGAGGGACACCGUGCCGCCGUUCGACCCCUUCAACCACUCCGGCCUCGGGUGGACGUUCGACCGCGCCGAGGCGCACAAGCUGAUCGAGGCGCUCGGGCACUGCCUCCGCACCUACCGGGACUACAAGGAGAGCUGGAGGGGCCUCCAGGAGCGCGGCAUGUCGCAGGACUUCAGCUGGGAGCAUGCCGCCAAGCUCUACGAGGACGUCCUCCUCAAGGCCAAGUACCAGUGGUGAACGCUAGCUGCUAGCCGCUCCAGCCCCGCAUGCGUGCAUGCAUGAGAGGGUGGAACUGCGCAUUGCGCCCGCAGGAACGUGCCAUCCUUCUCGAUGGGAGCGCCGGCAUCCGCGAGGUGCAGUGACAUGAGAGGUGUGUGUGGUUGAGACGCUGAUUCCGAUCUCGAUCUGGUCCGUAGCAGAGUAGAGCGGACGUAGGGAAGCGCUCCUUGUUGCAGGUAUAUGGGAAUGUUGUCAACUUGGUAUUGUAGUUUGCUAUGUUGUAUGCGUUAUUACAAUGUUGUUACUUAUUCUUGUUAAGUCGGAGGCAAAGGGCGAAAGCUAGCUCACAUGUCACA